CUCGGGGUUUUCACUCAUCGCUGGUUUUGGCAUGUUCUGAGGAUGGUGGUUGGAAGCGAUGCUCAGCUCCCGUGAUCUGCUGAAGCUGAAGCAGUCAUCGACAUUUUUGAUGCGCAUCCGGCCCUUCAGCACCACUGCAGCAGCACCACCAGCAGCAGCUACACCAGCUCCACCAGCUACACCAUCAGCACGCCCAAGCAGGGCACCAUGCAGCUCUGCCCAUGUGCACCAGCAUCUCGACGUUGCGCGCGCCCUCAACAGCCUGGCAAGAAAGCGCGGCCACACGGCGGCUGACCGCGAGAGCUGGCGGGUGUCGCUGCUCAGAUCUCUCAGCCAAGCCCACCGUUCGUCGGCAAGGGAGACCGCCCUGGUGCUCAACGCCUGCAGAAGAUGCCCGUUGGUCGCUGAUGAGGAGGGCGGCGACUUGGUGCGCAGCGUUGCGGAGGCCUACACGCGACGGGCGCGGCAGAUUGUCCCGUCGUUCAACGCUCUGGGUCUGACGGUGGUGUGCAAGGCCUGGUCGCAGCUGCGGCCGCUGUUGACUGGGCUGGAAGGAGGUCUGGUGGACGACGACCUGCUGCUUCGGGUGAGCGAGCGGCUGCAGACCCAGCUGCAGCGCAUCACGCCCCUCACCCUAGGCAACCUCCUCAACGCGCUCGCCCGCCUGGACUUCCGCGACAAGGCGCUCCUGACGAGUCCACCGAUGCAGGAAGCCGUCAGGCGGUGCCUGCCGUCGCUCAAGGCUUUGGACUUGGUGCAGGUCAUCAACGCGUUUGCGCGUCUGGAGUGGCGUGAUGUGCCGCUGCUGCACCUGCUGGCGGACCGGUGUGUGGACCAGGUCGAGUACAUGGACUGCGGCGGGCUGAGCCUGGUGGCGAAUGGGUAUGGGCGGCUGGAGGUGAGGCAUGAACGGCUGUUUGGCCGGAUGGCGGACAGGCUGGCGUCGUGUGGGCACUCGUGUGGGCUCAGGGAUGUGGCCAUGAUACAACACGCAUUCGCUAAGUGAGUCGAGUCAGUGGGCUGGGCGAUGAAUGGAUGGAUGGAUGGAUACCAAGAUGAUUGAUCGAUUGCAUGUGUAUGUGGCGCAGGUUUGACUUCCCCUUCACGCCCAGCGUGUUCGAGGCCACCUGCAGUCUGCUGCCGGCAUGCCUCUCGUCCGCCCCGUCCGCCUCACCCCCCUCCCCCUCCGACCAGCAGCACUCCCUCACUCUCAUCCUGACGGCAGCGGCCAAGGUGGGCUUCAGGGACCUCAGCGCCAUCGCCCCACUCAUGCAGGUCCUGUUUGACGGGUCGGCAUCGGCCCCGCUGCUGCACUCUCUCACUCCGGGGCAGCUGGCCAUGCUGACAUCAGCCAUGGGGCAGCUGGCGCAAAGCGACGAGAGGCUCGUGGUCGGCCAAUUGGCUGAGGGGGAUGAUGAGCGUGUUUAUCGCGAGUGGCGUGGGUGGUGGGGUCAGCUGCUGCAGCAGCUGGAGCAGCAGCUGCAGGGCAGGGCCCUCAUAGUCACGGCUGCAGCCGGCACUGAAGAGGCCUCUGGACCACAUCGACAAACAGCGGCUACAAUCCCCCCUCAUCAGACAGGCCCAGCAGCAAUCGUCGACCUGGACGAGCUGCCCGAUGGACAGGAGGACAGUGACAGUGACGACACCCACAAGAAUGAUGAGUGGGUGGACGGGCGGGAGACGGCUGAGGGGAAGGGCGACGGGUGGGGGGAGAUGGAGCUGUCCACUGUGUGCCGGGCGCUGGCGGCCGUCAAGUGCCGUCACAUGCCUAUAUUCGAUGCCGUGGCGCAACUCAUCCAGGUCAGUCGAACAGACAGGCAAUGAGGGGGCCCGUAAGACACCUAUCACACACCGUGUGUGUGGUGUUCAGGCGCCUGAGAGUGUGCGUGGCUGGUCGGCGUGGUCCCUCCUCACUGUUCUGCGGGCCUUCGCCACCCUCAAAGUACACAUGCACACUCACACACUCACACACACACAGACAGACAGACAGACACGAGUCCGCCCUGGCGGCUGGUUGAUCGAUGCAUGUCUCUCUCUCUCUCUCUCUGUGUGUGUGUGUGUGUGUGUGCAGCAUCACCAUGACGGUUUGUUGAGGCGCCUUGACAGUGCUGUGGAUGAUGUGAGUUGGGAGCUGGACCUGUCAGCUGCGUGUGAGUGGGCCUCGCUGAGGUGGGCCCUCACCGGCCAGCAUCACGACGGCCUCCUAGCGACCGUCGAGCACCUCAUUCAGCGGCACAGACACAGAAACACAGCUCGCCAACCGGCCAGGCAGCAGCAGCCACCACCGUCAUCGGCUCCACAUGUGCCGCCCCGUGACCCUGAGAGAUGGACGGUGGCGGCAUCGCGCCCAAGUGGCCUGCAGACGCCCCUUGUCGACCUGUUGGCCUGCCUGGCCGUGCCAGGGGGGCCAAGAUGCAUCGAACAGAGCGAUGAUGCCGCGUCAGCCGCUGCGUUGCGUUGGUAUCGGGUGAUGCCGUGCACUAGUGAGGGUGUUGGGGGGUUCGACGUGAGCACCGUUGGUGUGCUGGAGAAGGGAUUGUCGGCACAUUGCAGGUGGGAUUGGUGGAGAGAGAGAAUGUUCUCUCUCUCGUCAUGCAUACAAACUUGUGUGUGUGUGUGUGUGUGUGUGGUUGAUGCAGGCGCUAUGGUGAGAUGGCUGAGCGGCUGGGUGGGGCGCUCUCCGCCGAGAUCGGUGCUGUCAUCGACGCGCAGACACUACCCACAGGUGAGCAAGCAGCCAAUCGACCUAACCUGCCCACUGUGGGUGCAUCGCCCAUCUGUGUGUGUGUAUCCCAUUGGUGGCUGUUUGCUAGGUCUGUUAGCCAAGUUGGAUGGUCUUCAGCGGCUGCUGGACUUGACAUGGCCCCAAGGUAUGUGUGUGCGUGUGCCAUGCAGGCCAUCCAUCCGUCCACCUACCUCUGCUCUCCCUUGCAGUUGCAGCAGCAGUGAGGCCGCAGAUCGAGUCGGCUCUCCAAAUCAGGACCACCAGCACCAAAGACAAGCAGCCACAGCCAACCGAGGCACCGCCCCCACAACCGCGCAUGGCCGCCCGCCUCCCCUCGUCCACCAUGAGGUCCCGCGGGCCGUUCAGCACCACAAGGCGGCGACUCGCACCACCACAGCAGACAUCCACAGCUGACAGGGGGCGGAGGCAGGACACUCCACCAUCACUAUGCCUCAAGGGCGGUCAUGCUGCGGCUGACGAUGGUGGUGGUAGUUCUGAGGUGUGUUGGUCGCUGUCGGCUGGCCAGGCGGCCCGCCAGCUCAUGAGAAGGAGGAUGGCAACUGAUCAAGGUGGUGGGAGUGACGGUGUCUGGGGUGUUGGCCAUCCUGUGAUGGUGCCGCGGCAAGUACUGGAGGCCUGGUGCGAGUGCGGUGAUGACGGUGAUGCUGCGGGAGACGGAGGACGAUACACUGAAGACGACCGGGCUCGACCGCUGGGAAAGGCGCUGGUGGAUGUGUCGAGGCGGAUUGUGAGCCAUGAAGGCCUUGGGAGCGGCAUGGUGGCCCUUGUGCUGCUGCCGACCAUGGCUGACUUCGGGGCGACUGGUGUGUUGGGCGGCGGCGGUGGCGGCGUGUCUAUGGCGACUGACUGGUGUGCAUACCGACGUGAGUUGGCAGCGGUGCUGCGGGUGAGGGAAUGGGCGCAUGGUGAUGAUAGUGGCGUUGGUGGUGCUGGUGUGCCCGUGCCAGUGUGUGUUUCGGUUAGAGACUCGACGACCGAAUGACCGACUGAAUGACUGCUGAUGGAUGGA